AUGGAUAUUCUUUUAAGAAAAACCAGCCUGCCACAGUCCCCUCACACUUGCACACAUUUCCCGCACAAACAAACCACAGCUCCCUCACACUUGCACACAUUUCCCGCACAAACGAGCCACAGCCCCCUCACACUUGCACACAUUUCCCGCACAAACGAGCCACAGCCCCCUCACACUUGCACACAUUUCCCGCACAAACGAGCCACAGCCCCCUCACACUUGCACACAUUUCCCGCACAAACGAGCCACAGCCCCCUCACACUUGCACACAUUUCCCGCACAAACGAGCCACAGCCCCCUCACACUUGCACACAUUUCCCGCACAAACGAGCCACAGCCCCCUCACACUUGCACACAUUUCCCGCACAAACGAGCCACAGCCCCCUCACACUUGCACACAUUUCCCGCACAAACGAGCCACAGCCCCCUCACACUUGCACACAUUUCCCGCACAAACGAGCCACAGCCCCCUCACACUUGCACGCAUUUCCCGCACAAACGAGCCACAGCCCCCUCACACUUGCACGCAUUUCCCGCACAAACGAGCCACAGCCCCCUCACACUUGCACGCAUUUCCCGCACAAACGAGCCACAGCCCCCUCACACUUGCACACAUUUCCCGCACAAACGAGCCACAGCCCCCUCACACUUGCACACAUUUCCCGCACAAACGAGCCACAGCCCCCUCACACUUGCACACAUUUCCCGCACAAACGAGCCACAGCCCCCUCACACUUGCACACAUUUCCCGCACAAACGAGCCACAGCCCCCUCACACUUGCACACAUUUCCCGCACAAACGAGCCACAGCCCCCUCACACUUGCACACAUUUCCCGCACAAACGAGCCACAGCCCCCUCACACUUGCACACAUUUCCCGCACAAACGAGCCACAGCCCCCUCACACUUGCACACAUUUCCCGCACAAACGAGCCACAGCCCCCUCACACUUGCACACAUUUCCCGCACAAACGAGCCACAGCCCCCUCACACUUGCACACAUUUCCCGCACAAACGAGCCACAGCCCCCUCACACUUGCACACAUUUCCCGCACAAACGAGCCACAGCCCCCUCACACUUGCACACAUUUCCCGCACAAACGAGCCACAGCCCCCUCACACUUGCACACAUUUCCCGCACAAACGAGCCACAGCCCCCUCACACUUGCACACAUUUCCCGCACAAACGAGCCACAGCCCCCUCACACUUGCACACAUUUCCCGCACAAACGAGCCACAGCCCCCUCACACUUGCACACAUUUCCCGCACAAACGAGCCACAGCCCCCUCACACUUGCACACAUUUCCCGCACAAACGAGCCACAGCCCCCUCACACUUGCACACAUUUCCCGCACAAACGAGCCACAGCCCUCAUUUACACGCAUUUCCCGCACAAACGAGCCACAGCCCUCAUUUACACGCAUUUCCCGCACAAACGAGCCACAGCCCUCAUUUACACGCAUUUCCCGCACAAACGAGCCACAGCCCUCAUUUCAGAAUAUUACUAA